AAGCAUUUUAGGGCUUUGAUGCCAAGUGUUGGCGUCGCAUGGCUGCUUUGCCCAUGGCCGAUCUUGGCAUCAUAUUAUCCGCGUGUGCCCUUUGAUACAAGCCUGUAUCCAGGAUGAUUUUCAGCUUUGCUAUGAGGCUUUCGCAGGUGAUGGAUAUGUAAUAUAUACAACUAAUCAAACCGCCGCUCGCCUCAAACAGAAGUUGGUUUGAAAGAAAUUCUCCACAGUCCAUGUCAGACAGGUAUCCUGUUCAAUCCUACGUUCUGGAUGUCCCCUCUGGGACGCACGGUUCACGCACUGUACGCUUGUGCUACCACAAGGGCGACAUCUCCUUCGACCUCUGCUGCGACGAACGCUUUGGACCGACGGGGAACCCUGAUUGCUGGGACAGCAUCGACACCUUCGAGGAGUGCUGUUCGUCUGCACAGUGGGAGUUGCUCACCACGCCAUGGCCGCGAGAGAAGAUCUUCCACAACGCGCACUUGGCUGUUCAGCUCGACCGAGAUCCUAGGUGGUUCUCCUUCCCAUUCCGUGCCUCCUCGCUUUGCCCGGACACCACGGGGCCUUCAUCGCAAGCGCGUACAGCACAGAUGAUGGCGGGCAUGCCAGAGCUGGAGUUUGCUGCAAUAGCUGAGCAGAUCAGGGCAGCCCUCAAGGAAGAGACCGCAAACCUGUGGACCCACGUGCGAGAGGCCUGUAGCCUCUCAGCUUUGGUCGCUUUGACCAUCUUCAGCGCUGCGUUGCAACAGCGGGUCUCCUUAGCCUCACGCGACCACCUGGCCAUGCGAGUGGAAGAGGUGUGGCGCCAGUUCCAGGAGGCCUUGUCGGAGAUUUUUCUGCAGAUGAAGAGCGAGCAUGCCUUGGUAGACAUCACUGGGGUUCCUCUACUGGGAUCGAUGGAGGUGAUCCUGAUCUGGCAGAGUUGGAUGGAUCUCUCCUUCAAAGACCAAGAGCUGACAGAGCUCUCACUGGCAGAGAAAGUCUUCCAGUGCGCACAAGGAGCCUACUACGCCACAGAAGAUCUCUACUACUCCCGUUUGCGGCCCCGGCUGCUGGAAGGCUGUGGGGCUGUGUGUGAUGUCUCUUUGCAGACCGAGGGGCACUCGAGCUUUUGGGUCCCACAGUACUUGGCCGAUGUGGAUUGCGCGGCUCUCUCUGGAAAUCGUGUGAUCAGUCAGCCCUCACGCUUGCGGCCAGCACCCCGUUCAGUGCCGCACAUCUUUCAGGAGGACUUCCGCCGCGGCGGCGUGGUCCUUUGGCCGCGCUACGAGGUGCCAACGGUGCAAUCCAUGGAGCAGCGGUGUCGGCGCUGGAGCAAGGACUCUGUCGAAGACCUGAUGAGGCUUGUCCGUCAAAUGGGUCCUGAACCCCUUCGAUGGCCAGCCUUCGAUGAGUUUGUCGCCUAUGAUUCCGAAGAUCUCAACUCAACAGCGCGCUUCCUGGCCUCCUUAAAGGACGCCAUGCCGCUGCUUGGAGCAGCCCUUGGAGGGCAUUGGCUGGUCUUGGGUUCCUUGACACCUUGGAUCGAAGCCAUGCUUUUGGAGUUCGGUGUCGCUUCCAAAGUCUCCACCUUGGAAUAUGCCAAUCUCUCUGCCUGCCCGGAUCGGCAUCCACACCUUCAGCCACUCCUGCCUGAGGACUUCAACGCCGGAUAUUUGAGUGAAGAGCGAUUCGAUGGCUUCGUGCAGUGGUCUUCAGUAGAACACAGUGGCUUGGGCAUGUAUGGUGAUGAGAUCAACCCUUGGGGUGAUCGGCAGACGGUGGCGCAGCUCUGGUGUCGCGCCAAGACGGGGGUCGCCUGGUUCUUCUUCGGCCCAGGUCCUGAGGGCCCCGGUGGUACUGUCUUUGGGCGUGAGUCGCACAAUGAGAACCGAUCUGGCCGUCACUCCGGAAGCCACUUCGAGGAAAAGCUGUUUUGGAACGCGGGCCGUGACUACGGCCGUGAGAUGAUGGGGCGCUUGAUGCUGAAUUGGAAGCUGGUUAGACCGGCCAACAGCACCUGGAACUUUCAUGUAUUUCAACAUCGUGAAAAGAAGCGCUUAUGCUCGUGCGGAUGGGUAGUUUGA